UAUCUGUGAUGGUAACGAUUGUUUCUGUGUUUUGGAUAAACUUUGGAUAUCUCCACGAUUCAUGGGAUUCUCUCGUAUUUACCAUAUUGCCACCGCCUCUAAUUAUCCAAUAAAUGUAUACUUGAAAGUCCGGCCCAUGUUUUUGAAUUUCCAAACUCGCUUUUCCAUUUAUACCCCUGUUUUCUGCCGCAAUAUGUGAGAAGAUUUUGCGAGGGUUUUUGUUUUCGGCUGCAGGGAAGAGCCUAAAGUAUGGACUUUCAGAAGAGGAAGGCGUCGGCGAUAGCGGCACUGGCAUCAACUGAGACGGACAAAUCACCUAAGGGCACGUUAGACGCGGCAAUUGUCCCCCUCAUCGACGCCAUCAACUGCCAGCCCUCCUACUUCACCACCAGUUCCUGCUCAGGCCGUAUCUCUAUCUUCUCCCACCCCAAGAUUACUGACGGAAAAGUUCCGAGGAAGAAAGCACGUGGUGGAACCUGGAUCUUUGUCUCUCACGAGCCGGCCGAUGCCGACGUAAUUCUUAAACUCCUCUACCCGUCGUCCAAGUCAACUCAGAGUUCUGACUCGCCGUCUGAACUCAGCGAGUUAGUGUUCCGAUUCGAGCCGUUGAUUAUUGCAGUGGAAUGCAAGGAUCUUGAGGCAGCUCAGUCUCUGGUUUCUCUGGCAAUACGUUGUGGAUUUCGCGAGUCUGGGAUUACCAGCGUGAGCAAGCGGGUGAUUGUGGGGAUACGGUGUUCGAUCCGAUUGGAGGUACCGUUGGGGGAUAAAAAUAAGGUUUUGGUUCCUCCGGAGUACACGAGGUUUCUUGUUGGAGUGGCUAACGAGAAAAUGGAGGCCAAUAGAAGGAGGACGGAUGAGUUUCUCCAUGCUUUCAAGGCUGGUGUAGUUGCGGAAAUGAUUUUUCCAAAUACCAUUGAUCCAGAUGCAAUGGAUGAAGCAUCGGUUGGUAAUAAUAGCAAGGAGCACGGCUGCAAUUAUGGUGACAAUGGGGAUGAUAAGUUGGAGAAAGCUGAAGGGAAUGGGCUAGUCGGCGUUCCUGGCUGCAAUCUAUUUAUCACUCCAAUUGUGAUCGUUAGUGAACCAACUGAGAAGCUUUUCCGUUGGGGUCACUCUGCAUGUACUUUCAGUAACACAAAUCGCAAAGAAGUUCUUGUAUUUGGUGGCUUUGGUGGCAUUGGAAGACAUGCACGCAGAAAUGAUUGUCUACUUCUUGAUACAUUAUCAGGUGCUCUAAAGGCAAUUUAUAUUGAAGGUGCCCCAUCUCCACGUUUGGGCCACACUUCUUCCUUAAUCAGAGAUAGCAUGUUUACAAUAGGAGGAAGGGCGGAUCCUUUGAAUAUUUUGAGUGAUUUAUGGGUACUCAAUAUGGCAACGAAUAAGUGGGAGUUACGUGAAUGUUCUGGUGUUUCUUUUCCUCCCAGGCAUCGACAUGCAGCAGCAGUUGUCGGCUCAAACAUAUAUGUACAUGGUGGGCUCAACAAUGACACAAUCUAUUCAUCCUUGUAUGUCCUCAACACAGAAAAUAUGAAGUGGAAGGAAUUAUCAGUUGGAGGGGAGCAGCCAUGUGCUCGUCACUCUCAUUCAAUGGUAGCAUAUGGGUCUAAGCUCUUCAUAUUUGGAGGGCACAAUGGUGACAAAUUGCUUGGAGACUUGUACAGUUUUGACGUCCAGACAUGUCUGUGGAAGAAGGAAAAGGUAGCUGGAAGAUGUCCACAUGCAAGGUUUUCCCACUCAAUGUUUGUCUACAAAAAUUAUGUUGGAAUUAUUGGGGGUUGUCCUAUAAGACAGCAUCUGCAAGAGUUGGCAUUGCUUGAUAUCCAGCGAAAAAUUUGGAAGCAUGUGACUCUAGAAUCUACCGGUAAAGAAUUGUUUGUUCGUAGUACUGCAAGUGUUGUUGGUGAUGAUCUUGUCAUGGUUGGUGGUGGGGCAGCUUGUUAUGCCUUUGGGACAAAGUUUAGUGACACGUUAAAAAUAGACUUGCUGCCAUUGACAGCUUUCGAAGAUAUUACGACUGCAGAAAUUCGAGCAAAACAUGAUAAUCACAAAUAUGAAAAAAUAACACCUGAAAAGCAUUCUAGCGUUGAAGGUUCAGAUGUGGGAAGUGGAGAGUGUUCAACUCUGAGUUCUGGCUUGAAUUGGGUUUUACGACUUGAAAGAAAUUAUGCAAAGCUAGGGAAGGACAUAUUGAAGAAAUUUGGAUGGUUAGAUCAUGGAAGGAAGGUAUACUCAAAGGAGGAUGGGAAACACAUUUGUUUCCCUGUAACUGAGAAAUUUUGUGCUGUGUUCCUUGAAGAGAAGCAUCAUAUGGCUUCAUCUAAGCCAUUUAUUAGAGAAGGGGAUUUGUUGAAUGAUGUCUCUGCUUCGGUAGCCUUGAAUCUUCUGAAGAAAUGUGGUGCAUCCAAGGUGGUGGAUGAGGUUGUUGAGGCUAGGAGGACCGCCAAAUCUCCCUUUCAAAUGAUGAGAGAAGCUGUGGCCUCUUUGAUUAAACCUUUUCAUCUAUCAGAGGGACUUUUGGCUCAGCUACCAACCAGAUGGGAGCGACUUGGGGAUAUUGUUGUGCUUCCUGUCUCAUCAUUCACAGACCCAGCAUGGGACUCAAUUGGAGAUGAGCUUUGGCCUUCUAUUGCUAGGUCGCUUAAUACUUCUCGUCUAGCUCGCCAGGGUCGAGUUGCACCAACUGGUACAAGAGACAGCACGCUGGAGAUGCUUGUUGGAGAUGAUGGAUGGGUUGAUCAUCGUGAGAAUGGUAUCCUUUAUUCUUUUGAUGCUACUAAGUGCAUGUUUUCAUGGGGCAACCUUUCUGAAAAGCAUCGCAUGGCUUCUAUCGACUGCAAAGAUGAGGUUAUAGUGGAUUUAUUCGCUGGUAUUGGAUAUUUUGUGUUGCCAUUACUUGUCAGGGCAAAAGCAAAACUGGUUUAUGCUUGUGAGUGGAACCCCCAUGCUAUUGAGGCACUCCGACGUAAUAUUCAAGCCAAUGCUGUCUCUGAUCGUUGUAUCAUACUUGAGGGAGAUAAUUGCAUGACAGCACCCAAAGGAGUUGCUGACCGAGUCUGUCUGGGUCUUCUGCCAACGAGUGAGGGUAGCUGGGGCACUGCUGUUAGGGCCUUGAGGAGGGAGGGUGGUAUGUUACAUGUUCAUGGAAAUGUGAAGGACUCAGAGGAAGAUAUGUGGACUGAACUUGUUCAGAAAUCGUGCCAUGAAAUUGCUAGAGCUGAAGGUCAGUGUUGGGAAGUUUCAAUCGAACAUGUGGAGAGAGUGAAAUGGUAUGCCCCACACAUCCGCCAUCUUGUAGCAGAUGUGAGAUGCAGAGAUGUUGAAGAUUAAGAAGUUGCAACAUCAUACUUGAUGAAGGUCAAGUAGAUUGGGCCAACCAAAAACUGCUAAUUCAAUUGGGAUGAUUCCGUUGUCAAGGCCCGAGCAAUUACUCAUCUAUUUAUCAAGACUGCAUCAAGAGGUGUGGCGGAUGUGCCCCAGACCCCAGUGUCUUUGGCCAUUGGCUGUGCUGUAAAGGUAAGGAAGACUAGCCCAAACUGAUUGCUACUGUUUGCUGUAGUAAUAACAAUCUGAAAUCCUUCUUUAAAACUCAAUGUGGAAGUACACUUUAGACACAUUCAGAAGAAUCAUGUACAAGUGUUCAGUGUUUCCAAUAUUUUAUCUUUAUGGACCACUUGGAGUA